UAUAAACACAUUUUUUGAGAUAUCACAGCAGUCGUUGCUUUUAUUUGAUAUUUGAUAGUUGUGUUGGAUUACGAUGGCUGAAAACAGUAUUUUGCCUUUUCCUUAUGAGUUCAAAGAACUUGAUCCUGAAGAACAAGAGUUGGUAGAAAAGACUUUUCAAUCAAUGCCAUCCUCAUACGUGCGAGUGGGUCCCAAAGGCUACAUGUUGUGUAAACCUUACACCAAUGAGGCAGCGAACAUCUACAACAUGCCCCUGAGGCCUACUGACGUCUUCGUGGCCACUUAUCAACGAUCAGGAACCACAUGGACGCAGGAACUAGUAUGGCUGAUUGCAAAUGAUUUAAAUUACGAAAAAGCUGCAGAAAUACCAUUAGUUCAACGAUAUCCAUUUUUAGAUGCCUUCAUGUUCUUUGAACCAGAUGGAAAGGAGAAAUACAUAAAAAAUUCAGAAGCUACGGAACCAAACUUCGACAAAGAGAAGUUUUCACUGAUGUUUGAUGUGUUGAAAACGCCAAUAACUCCGCAGCUGGCCGCAGUUCCCCUGACAGAGACUCGCUUCAUCAAGACACACCUGCCGAUGUCCCUGCUGCCUCCCAGCAUCUUGGACACGGCGAAGGUGGUGUACGUAGCUCGGGACCCCAGAGACGUGGCCGUCUCCUGCUAUCACCACGCUAGGCUGUUCAAGAUAUUAGGCAAUCUGGGAUCCUUUAAAGAAUUCUGGAAUGUCUUCCUCAAGGACUUAUACACAUUGACUCCAUUUUUCGAGCACGUUAAAGAGGCAUGGCAGAAGAGAAAUAGCCCGAACAUGCUAUUUUUAUUCUAUGAAGAACUAUCACAGGACUUGCCAGCAGUCAUUCGCCGUGUCGCCGACUUUUUAGGCAAGCAGAUAAAUGAGGAACAAAUCCCCCGUCUUUGUGAACACUUGAACAUUAAGAACUUCAAAAAUAAUAAGUCUGUAAAUUUCGAGGAUACGAGGGAUGUGGGACUUCUUGCUUCUGAUGAAACUUUUAUCAGGAAAGGCAAAGCGGGAGGUUGGCGCGAUCACUUCGACGAGGAGAUGACACAACAAGCUGAGAGGUGGAUGGAAGAGAACCUGCGUGACACGGAUUUGCGCUUCCCGCAACUAUAACGAUAGUUGUUUGUGAUUUUACUUACUACUUAGUAAAAAUAUAAGAUUCUCGAAAUGA